GUGGCCGUUUUGCUGCUCCAGCGCCCCUCCGCGGGGCAGGCGCCGCGAGCGCCCGCCCAGGUCUGGAGAGCGGCGGCCGCGGCGGCCGCGGCGGCAUGCCGCCGAAAAGGCGCGUCUGGAACCGGGACCUCGUGACAGCGCUGCAGGCGAAGCAGUACGACGCCCAUGCGAGGAACGUGAGGAUCGGGGCUGGCACACGUGGCAGAAGGCCGCGGAGGCUGUCGAGGCCGUGCGCAAGGACAUCACGGUCGACGCGAAAGGCUCCGUGAAGAAUGGCUGGUGGGAUUUGCCGAAAGAAGGAAGCGGUUUCGGCAAAGCUGCAAGGGAGUUCUGCGAGCGGCUAGUUCGUGGCCAGGAGCCGAUGCCGUCCGAAGCCGAGAUCGCCAGUGCGCAGGAGGCUGCCGCCAGGUCGCCGAUGGAGCAUCCGUACUUGAGGUCCAUGCAGUACCGGAAGGGGGGCUAUGCGAUUCUGCUGGCGCUGCGGGAUGCCGAGCGCUCCCCUGCCUACCCGGGCUUUUCAACGAUCAAGGAAGUGUGCAGGUUGGGGCAGAAGUAUUGCGAUGACCCGAUGGAGGAGAUGGGGCGAACCACUUUGCGGGCAGGGACCACAACUACGGCUGGGAGUCCAACAAGUCGCUGCUGAGCUACGGCCUCAUCGAGCGCGACAGCCAGGGCCGAGGCUACCAGACCGGCUUCAGAGGCCCCCAGGACCGAGGACCGGAUCCGGCUUACCGAGCAGGGCCGCAGUUUCCUGGUCCAGAUGCUGGCGAAGUUCGGGGAGCCAGAGCAGGGGCCUGGCGGCGCCGCCGCGGAUGACCUCGCCAUCGGCGGCGAUCCGAGGCCAUUUCAUGGCAUCGCCGCUGCGCCGCCCCGACCGACCUCGAACGCGCAGAAGCAGGACGAGGAGGAGCUGCGGCAGUGGAUCGAUUCGUCGCCCCUUGGCUCGGAGAGGGACUUUCAUAUCGGCAAGGAUCGUCGGAAACAUCUGCACCGGGUCAUCGAGAGCAUCAACGUAUCGUCGUCGGCGUUCCUUCUGCUUCACGACUCCCACGGGUAUGGGAGGCACCGGAAGAUGAUCGUCCGCAAGGUCGCCCGCGCAGGCAGUUCCAGCGCCAGCGCCAGCGGCAUUACAAGGUUGCGCGCGUUGGGCGGCAGCGCGCCGUCCUCGGACCUUGGGGCCGCCGCCCGAGCCGGCGCUGGCGCGGCGCAGCACAUCGCGGCCCUCGGCACGCUGGCCUCGGCGGAGCUCGGCGAGCCGCCCGCGGGCACCGCUCCCGCUGCCGCCCCCGCUGCGCAGCAGCGAGCGCUCUGGCGCGGCCCGGGCCGGCGCCUCGGCAGCGGGACGGCGCAGCCGAAGAACC